CCAGUCGUGUUUUUCCCCUCACCGAUCUCACUCUCUCUCAUCCUCUGCUCUGACUCUCUGGCUCAGCGGACAGACGAGACCCCUCCGCUUUUGCUCCUCUUCUUCUCUCUCUUCUCUUCCUGUCUUUUUUUUUUCAUUUUAUCAUCUUCCUUUAGCUGUUUAUUUUUUUAAAUAUUUCUCCCUCUUCCACCCCCCCCCUCCCCAUGCAAGGGGCUUUAGUGGGGGUCCCUGAAGUGUGUUUUGAGAGAGUGUGUGAGUGUGUGUGUGUUGGAGGGUUUCAGCAUGGAAGCAGCGGCACUGUAUACGUUUCGUGCCACUGAGGGUGAUGAGCUCAGUUUCAACAAGGGAGACUUGCUCAAGAACCACUGAAACGUUACCCGUGGCACGCUGGAGAUGGACUAUAACAGCCGGACAAAUAAAGCAGAGUCCUAAAAUCACCAACAUGGAGGAUGAUCCUAACUGGUACACAGCUGAGCUCCACAACAGAAAAGGCUUUGUGCCAAAAAACUACAUCAACCUGCGGCCACACGCCUGGUUUGCCGGUCGUAUAUCUCGCGGUGUGGCAGAAAGUCGACUCAGACACAGGGAGUGUGGAGCUUUUCUGGUCAGAGAGAGUGAAAGUGCUCCUGGAGAGUUCUCCAUGUCUGUCAGUUAUGGGGACCAUGUUCAGCAUUUCAAGGUGCUGCAGGAUCGCUCUGGUCAGUACUACGUGUGGGACGAGCUCUUCUCCUCUCUCAAUGAGCUGGUGGAGUUCUACCAUAGCAACAGCAUCGCUAAGGAGAGGACCGUCUUCCUGAGAGACCCCGAGCACUUUGCCAGGCGUCCCCAUCACGCACACGCUCUGUUCGACUUCACCCCCCACCACCCUUCCCAGCUACGCUUCCUGCGCGGUGAUGUCAUCGAACUCAUUGACUGCUCCGAUUCACUGCGCUGGAGGGGCCGUUGCCACGGGCAUGUGGGCUACUUCCCACCGGAGUAUGUCCAGCCCAUUUACCACUGCCAAUGACCUGACGUGUCAAUUAAACACAGAGCCAUUCCCGCAGGCUCUGCAACCAGCCGUCUUGACCCCCACCGCUCACACUGCUCCCCUGCUCUGCACCUGCCUAUUAAUUUCUGGAGCAGACGACUGAAAAUGUUGUUGCUGAACUGCUCACACGUUACUGACUCCUCCCAUUUUCCUAUGGUGUCACAUGUCAAUCACAAGCCUCACCCAAUCAGCUGCUACAGGCACAUGAAUUGCUUCCACCCGAUCCCAAAUCUCCACUUCCCUUUAAUCUCGUAAAAAAAAAAUUUUUUAAAUAAAAAAAAAAAUAAAAUCCACAUAUGGACCUAAACACUGUGGAGAACAAUCACACACAUAUACACACAGUCAAACACAGACAGACAUACUCCAAGGCAUAAUAAUUUAUCACAGCUUAUCAGCACUGGUGCAGGCUAAAUAAAAGCAACACACACACACUGACCUGAUGAAAAAAAAAAAUGAGGAGUGUGUGGUCCAUGGGAGCUUGUGGAGUAAAGGCAGGUUUUUCUUCGUUGGAGAUGAGUCAGGAUUUGCUCCAGUAUUUUGCAGCCAUCCCCACGAGGAGAUCCGGUGAGCUGAGCAGAGAGACACAGAGAGUCAUUGUGUUGUGAAUAUUUGGGCCAGAGACUCUUUGGAUACUGACACAGCAGAUUCCUCUCUCGCUGGGCUGGUGUGUGUGAGUUUGUUUGGAGGGAUUUGUGUGUAAAAUGUGGGUCUGAACAUAUGUAAACCUGCAAACUUAAUGUAUGUGUAUGUUUAUUAUUUGACAAUGGGAAUGGAUGUAUGUGUGAGUUUGGGGAUGCUGGUCAUGACUGUGUGUGUGUGUGUUUGUGUGUGUGUGUGCAUGUGUGUGUACAGCCCUGUGCUCUAUGGACCAGUAAUGGAGGAUACUGUGUACCAGUGACCAGUGAGACGUACACUGCCCAGACGCCACUUUGUUUUUUUACUUGGCUUAAAAUGUAAUACGCUCAGCUCAAGUUAUGGGUCAUUUGUUUGUUUCUGUGUAUUUAUUCUUAUUCAUGUGUAAUCUUAGAAUAUAUACAGUAUAUUACAAGUAAUAUUAAACAUUGUAUAAAAAUUUUGUUUCUGUUGCAACGAUAGAAAACCACAUUUUAUGUGAUUAACAGUGAGAACUGGGACUGGUCUUCCUUAACCUGUAAUGACAAAUCAUAUAAAU